CACAUUCUCUUUACAGAGGAAAAUAUUUGCAGCCAUGGCGGGAGCAGUGAACCCCGCUGCAGUAAUCAGCUUGUGUAAACUGGUCGCUGAGGAAAUCAAGUUCUUGGGAAGUGUUGGAAAUAAAGUUAAAGAAAUCGAAAAAGAAUUCAACACCAUCUCAUCUUUCUUAACGGAUGCAGAUGCAAGAGCAGCAGCUGAAGAAGGACAAAGUAGUAAUCGAGUUGUCACGACCUGGGUUCAACAAGUGAGGGAAGAAGCUUAUCGUAUUGAAGAUGUCCUGUCAAAGUACUCGUACCGUGCGGCAAAACUUCCCGAUCGUGGCGGUUGCAUUGCUGCUGUCUUUUGGAAGCUCUGGCGUUUCGUGGAGGAGGCAAUCCUGAGCCAUGCAAUCGUCUCGGAGAUAGAUGCUAUCCAGUCAUCGCUUGCUAAAAUACAAAAUGAUGGCAAAAGCUUUAACUUCCAGUGUAUAGAACCAGGGUCAAGCGGUGGAAGCAGAAGUGUUGCACCACAUGACUCUCGAAUUGGGUCUUUUUUCAUCGACGAUGCUGAGUUUGUCGAUGAUGGGUCAACCAGAACGGAAUUGAUCAAUUUGUUGGUGAACGGAACUGCCAAACGCUCAGUGAUUGUGCUGGCGGGCGAAGGAGGGCUAGGCAAGACCGUUCUUGCUGGUAAAAUCUAUCAUAAUGAAGCUGUGGGAAAGCAUUUCAAUCGUCAGAUUUUGGUCACAGUCGGGAAAGAAUACAACAAGAAGAAUCUGCUACGGUUAAUCAAACAGGAGUUCGACAAGCUAAAAGGGAUCAUGCCAACCAAGAAAGAGACAAUGGAAGAAGAGAUAGAUAUGAUAAAAUAUCUGAGGGAGAGCUUGAAUGACGAGCGUUACUUGAUUUUUUUCGAUGACGUAUGGAAAGUUGAAUUCUGGGAAGAUGUAAAGCCUGUUUUACCUGAAAAUGACAAAGGCAGCAGGAUUCUGAUCACCACCCGGAACAAGGGCGUGGCUGACUAUGCAAAAUCUUCAUCCAUCUGUCAUUUCCACAUGCUGCAACCUUUGCCUACUUACACGGCAAUGCAACUUUUUUGCAAAAAGGCAUUCGGGUCUGAGAAGAAUUGUCCCCAAGCUUUGUGGGGAUUGUCCUAUGAAAUCGUUCUGAAAUGUGGUUGUGUACCGUUGGCAAUAGUUGCUGUAGGUGGUAUACUCUCAAACAAGAACCAUCUUCCCCAUGAAUGGAAAAAGUUACUUGAUGGCAUGGGCUCAAGGUUAGAAAGCGAUCCCCAUCUAAGACUUUGCAGCAGGGUUUUAUGUGAAAGCUAUUACGAUCUUCCUCUCCACCUCAAAUCCUGUUUCUUGUACUUUGGCUUGUUUCCAGAGAACUCGAUAAUUCCGACAGAGGAUCUCUUUGACUUGUGGAUAGCUGAGGGCUUAGUCCCGUGUAACAACGACUCCCCACCCGAACAAGUUGCAGAAGAUUACUUGCAUCAACUCAUCGAUCGAAGUUUGGUUCAAGUUACUUGUCGAAAUGUUGCCGGACUGGUUGAAAGCUGUAGGGUUCAAGAGUUUAUGCGUGAGAUCAUCGUCAAAAAGUCUAGAGAAUUGAAUUUCUGUCAAGCUCUAGACGGAAAAGACUUGAGCCAUUGCAAUGGAAGUCGACGCAUUUCAAUAUGCGGAAGUGGUGAGAAUAUUUUAAAGAUUAUCAAGGAUUCAGAACAGGUUCGUUCACUUCAACUCUUCAAUAUAGACAGCUUGCCAGAGUCUUUCAUGGCCGCAAUUGUUCCAAAUUUCAAGCUAAUUAAAGUCCUGGGAUUUCAUAAUGUUGCUCUAGAUCGUCUUCCGAAUGAUUUGGGGAAGCUAUUCUAUCUACGCUACUUGAGUUUGGCAUGUACAAAUGUGAAAGAGCUUCCCAAGUCCAUAGGCAUGCUUAUCAAUCUAGACACCCUGGAUUUGCGCUGGUCCAAAGUCAGAGAUCUUCCGGUUGAGAUCAAGAAUCUGAAAAAAUUACGAUGUCUAUAUGCUGACAAAGAUGGAGUCAAAAUACACAAGGGUCUUGGAGCAUUGAAAGGCCUGCAAAAGCUACUUUAUUUGAUCUCAGAUUCCAGGGUGAUUAACAACAAGCUUAAGAAGCUGAUGCAGUUGAGAAAGUUGGGCGUGAAUCUUCCAAAUGGUGAUGUGAAGGAUCUGUUCGACAAGGUUUCGAAUUUGGAACACCUUACGCAUCUGAUGGUAAGAACAGAAAGUAACGAAAUUAUCGAUACACAACAGUUGGCUCGUCCUUCUCUAUUGCUUCAGCGUUUCAAAUUAAAGGCCAACAUUACCAAGCUGCCAGGCUGGAUUUUUGAACUCCAGAAUUUAAUCUCUGUGGGCUUGUCAUCCACCGACUCAUCAUUCAACAUUUCCAUGGCUGAAAUUCAAGCUCUGCCUCAUCUAUUGAGGCUCAAUUUACAUUGGAAGCACUGUGAGGAAUUGAAUUUUGAACAGGGUUGGUUUCCGAAACUUCAGAGGUUGCAUCUUGAAGAUUUUGAGCAGUUGAAAUUGGUGACGGUAGAAAAAGGAGCAAUGAUUAAUCUUAGAGAGCUGGAAAUGGGUCCAUGCCCACUGUUGAAGGAGAUUCCCGGAAUUGAGCAUCUGACAAACCUCAAGACUCUUACGUUUGUGAAGAUGCUGAAAGAAGCUUAUUGUAUGAUAACGAGCGGGAAAUGGGAGCAGGUUGCUAAACACAUACCAGAAAUAUAUGUUACAGAUCAUUAUAACUACUUUUACACAGACAAGUUUCUUAAAUUCCAGACGCCCGAAACUGUUGAUCAGUUCAUUCAAACAUACAACGUGAGAUGAAGUAUGAUGCCGAUGAAUCUAUGUUUUCCAGGGAUCAGUCGGAAUGCCUUGACGUGUAAUGUCUACUCGCUAUGUCCAUAUUGUGAAGUCUGUCAGUAGUUUUCAUAAUCCGUCUAAAUAAAUGUGGCUGCUGUUGUUGCCACUGUUAAUUUAUAUGUAUGUGUGUACACAGUUUAAUAAUACUUGGGUUACCAUAUA